CGCGAACGGGAGAUGGCCGCCAUGUUUACGAAGGGCGACACACUGCGUGAGAAGCUGGCGGGGAUUGGCGGAGCGGCUGUCACCGACCGCUUCCUGCAGGGUCAGGGGUCUGAGGCCGGAGGUGAGGCGCAGUGGCCGGGCCGGGGGUGAGUGACUUGUAGGUAGAGGUACAUCUUCAGCUCCUGUGAAUGGGCUCAGCAUCAGAGAGGUCAGUUGAAUUGUGUCCAUUUACAUCAUCUGAGGAUCUGGCCCUGAAAAUAAACUAGUCUGUUUCAUGCAGGUUCUCCUGCACUAGUACAGUGCUACAAUGCUUGGGUUAAAAACACUUCUAGGAAGUGUUUAUUGGUUUGUUUGGUUUGGUUUGUUUUAAUCCCAAUUUGGGGGGAAACCUCUAAUAGAAAUGGUGGUCCUAAAUUUUGCAGAUUAUUACUUCUAAAAUUAUUUGGGGGCCAAAUUAAAAUGGAGAGUGGCCCUUUAAAGAUAUUCUUGAAACACCGACAGCAAAAUUCUUCAUAAGAUGGACAAACUGUAAAAACCUGCUCCUAGACUCUCCUUUCAAUUCAGUAGGACUUGUAGGGUCUCUACCUCUCUUUAUAUCAAGUGGCCAGCACCCAUAACUCCCACUGACUUCAGGGGGGAUUGGAUCUGACUAUGGUGGGAGAAAUCUGGAUUGUUAUGGUGCCACUUCCCUGAUGUGAUCUCAUAGGCUCAUCUAACAAUUCUCUUAAAAAUGCAACUGAGGGUCAUUUUAUAAAAGCAAUAGGAUGUGGGGAGGCCAAGGACUGAGCCAGCACAGAGGCUGACCUAUGCUUUCUUGGAUCUGGAUGUGGUCCCACCAGCUUAGAGGUUGGACAGUGUGGAGAAACAUGCUGCUGCUUUCUUCAUUUACUGGAGGAUUUCAGUCUUCAGGAUCAUCAAGCUAAUGCUUUUCACUAGCACUGGGUCAGUGAUGCUCAAACUUUUGAACUGAUAACCCCUUUCACAUAAUAAGCCUCUGAGUGCGUGCCCCCCUAGAAAGUAAAAACACUUUGAAAUAUAUUUUACACCAUUAUAAAUGCUGGAGGCAAAGCGGGGUUUGGGGUGGAGGCUGACAGCUUGUGACCCACCCCCCCCAUGUAAUAACCUCGUGACUCCCUGAGGGGUCCUGACGCCCAGUUUGAGAACCCCUGCUCUAGGUUUAAUGUCCAGUACCCCAUUCACGUGCACCUCAUUUAAAAACAGUAAGAUAUAGGGAAACUGCGUGUGAUUACACAGGCUACUUCAACCAAGUUAUGGUGUGUUUGCUGCAGGAAGUCUCCACUCCUUCCUUUCUCAAUAUAUAGGUCAAGGAGUAUUAAUAAGCCUUUAAAAAGCAGUAGGUUUCAGUGGAAUUAAAAAGAAAUAGCCUCAGACUUUCACUCCAGUGUUCCUAUUUAUAGCCUUCAGAUGUUGGCAGAUAUGAAAAGAUCUGCUGCUGAGCUUUGCCAGUGCACCUCAGCCCUGAACCACAGCAUUUCCUUCUAGCACAGUUGUAACAGAGUCCAAAUGUGCAGUAGACGUAUGGGGUAUAAAGAGGAGUGUUACCAAACCCUUUAGUCCUGACUCUGGUCAGAAUUGCAGUGUGAGAAUCCUGAUGGAGAACAUCACUGUACCAAUCCCCUGCCACGUCUGAGACCUCUUUUGUAAGCCAUCAGAUGGAGCAGUUCUGUCCCCCUUCUUGUUGUUUGUUGGUAUUUUUUAUGAUUGGUGCAUUUUUCAAGUCUUUUAUUUAAGAUCCAUUAAAAUAAAAAUGGAGAGGAACAAUAAAAUACAUAUGUAUAUGAGAAAUUAACAUUUAAAUAUCUAUAUUGUAGUAGGUCAUUCAAGAUAGAAGCCCCAUUUAUCUAAGCACUGUGCAAACAUGUAAGAUGCAAUCCUUGCCCAAAGAGCUUAUAUUAUAAGAAAUAUUCAGGUCUUGACAGUGGUCUCAAGCCCCUAUCCUAAAAAGCUUACAGUUAAAAUAAAAAAUGAAUAAUACAUAACACUUAUAUAUCACUUUUAAGCAGUAGAUCUCUAAGCAUUUUAAAAAGUAUUCUUAGAUUUCUUUGCACGUACAUAUCAAAGUUAGAUGACCAUAUCCACUUACAAAGUUUUAAUUUACUUUUAAUGUUCUAGGAUAUUCUCUCGAGGAGCCUGAUCCCGAAGACCAUUGAAGGCAAUAGGAGUCUUUUGUUAAGGCACUAACAGGGUUCAAGGAUUUGUUCUGAACUUGUUGGAGUAAUAUUUUUUAUUGUAGUAUCUCAUCAUACAUUGUUCUGACAUUCAUAAUACUAGCCCAGCCAAUUUCUUGUAAUGUUUACUUUAAAUCCUUAUCUUCUAAAUCCUUCAUGGGGUCUCUUUCUGGAGUAUACAAUCCGCUAUUGUGUUUUGUGUUCCUGUGGUGUGUAAGGCAUACAGAUGCCAUAGUGGUAAGCAUGCUAGAAAUCCCUAAAAUAGUACUGGUUAGAUGGUAGAUGUUUAUUAAACUUGUUCUUUGUGUUUUAGGAAGAGCUGGGAAUCUCCACUCUUUAUCCACAAUGUCUGGGAUCGGCAACAAGCGGGCGGCGGCAGAGCCUGGUCCCUCUGGGCCCCCAGAGAAAAAGGCAGGGGUCGAAGACUCAGGAACCACAGUGGAGACCAUUAAGUUAGGAGGUGUUUCCUCAACCGAGGAGCUGGACAUCCGGACGCUGCAGACUAAGAACCGAAAGCUGGCAGAGAUGUUGGACCAGCGGCAGGCCAUCGAGGAUGAGCUGCGUGAGCAUAUUGAGAAGCUGGAGCGGCGGCAGGCCACCGACGAUGCCUCUCUGCUGAUUGUGAACCGCUACUGGAGUCAGGUCCGCAGCGUGCUCAGUCGAGCUGUCUUGUUCUCUCUGUGGUCUUGUCUCAUUCACUCUGAUGCUGUGCAAGUUAUGUAUCUUCUCAUUUGUCCCUUCUUCCAGUUUGAUGAAAAUAUCCGCAUCAUUCUUAAACGCUAUGACCUGGAGCAAGGUCUUGGAGACCUUCUGUCUGAACGAAAAGCCUUGGUGGUGCCAGAACCAGAACCAGACUCAGACAGCAAUCAGGAACGUAAGGAUGAGAGGGAGCGAGGAGAAGGGCUGGAGCCAGCAUUCUCCUUCCUAGCCACCCUGGCCAGCAGUACCAGUGAGGAGAUGGAGUCUCAGCUGCAGGAGCGUGUGGAGUCCUCCCGCCGAGCUGUCGCCCAAAUUGUGACAAAGUAUGACAAGCUUCAGGAGAAGAUGGACAUGCUGUCCCACAAGCUAAAUAGUGGAGAUGCGUCGCUGGUGGAUGAAGCGGUCCAGGAGCUAAAUUCCUACCUUGCACAUGAAAAUGGACGGCUGCAGGAACUGGCUGAUUUACUCCAGGAAAAGCACCGAAUCAUGUCUCAAGAGUUCUCCAAGUUGCAGGAGAAAGUAGAGAUGGCAGAGUCACGGGUGUGUGUGCUGGAGACCAUGAUCGACGACCUUCAGUGGGAUAUUGACAAGAUCCGCAAGAGAGAGCAGCGGCUCAACCGGCACCUGGCCGAUGUGCUGGAACGGGUGAAUUCGAAGGGUUACAAGGUAUAUGGAGCUGGAAGCAGCCUCUACGGGGGUACGAUCACCAUCAAUGCUCGCAAGUUUGAAGAAAUGAACGCUGAGCUGGAGGAGAACAAGGAGCUGGCUGGGAACCGCCUCAGUGAGCUGGAAAAAUUGCGCCAGGAUCUCGAGGAGGUGAUGACACAGAAUGAGAAACUGAAGGCGGAGUUGCGGAGGGCGGUGGAAGAGGCUGUGAAGGAGACUCCUGAGUACCGCUGCAUGCAGUCCCAGUUCUCAGUCCUGUAUAAUGAGAGUCUCCAGCUGAAGGCACAUCUGGACGAAGCACGUACUCUGCUUCACGGCACUCGCAGCACACACCAGCGCCAGGUGGAACUCAUCGAGCGAGAUGAAGUCAGUCUCCACAAGAAGCUGCGCACAGAGGUGAUCCAGCUAGAGGACACUCUGGCACAGGUCCGCAAGGAGUAUGAGAUGCUGAGGAUAGAGUUUGAACAGACACUUGCUGCCAAUGAACAAGCAGGUCCAAUAAAUCGGGAGAUGCGUCACCUCAUCAGCAGCCUCCAGAAUCACAACCACCAGCUGAAGGGGGAAGUGCUGAGGUACAAGCGCAAGCUGAGAGAGGCCCAGUCCGACCUGAGCAAGACUCGCUCCCGCAGUGGGAGUGCCCUCCUGCAGUCCCAGUCCAGCACUGAAGAGACCAAGGAGGAACCACCGGAGAUCAAACAGGAGCCUGAUGAUUCUUCUGCCCAGGCGUCUGUGCCCAAGGCUGCCCCCGAGGAUGCCAGUGAUGCCAAGGCCAAGCGAGAUGAAGAGGAGAGGGAGCGCGAGAGACGGGAGAAGGAGAGGGAGCGUGAGAAGGAGAAAGAGAAGGAGAGGGAGCGCGAGAAGGAGAAGGAAAAAGAACGGGAGCGAGAGAAGCAGAAGCAGAAGGAGUCUGAGAAGGAGAGAGAGUCCACCAAGGAGAAGGGGAAGCAUGAGGAUGGGAGGAAGAAAGAGGCUGAAGUGAUCAAACAGCUGAAAGCUGAUCUCAAGAAAGCCCAGGAGAGCCAGAAGGAGAUGAAGUUGCUGUUAGACAUGUACCGCUCAGCCCCAAAAGAGCAGAGAGACAAAGUUCAGCUCAUGGCAGCCGAGAAGAAGGCCAAAGCUGAGCUGGAUGAGCUAAGGCAGAGGGUGAAGGACCUGGAGGACAAGGAGAAAAAAGAAAGUAAAAAAAUGGCAGAUGAGGAUGCGCUACGCAAGAUCCGGGCAGUGGAGGAGCAGAUCGAGUAUCUGCAGAAGAAACUAGCCAUGGCUAAGCAGGAAGAAGAGGCCCUGCUUUCAGAAAUGGAUGUCACCGGUCAAGCCUUUGAGGAUAUGCAAGAGCAGAACAUUCGCCUUAUGCAGCAGUUGCGGGAGAAGGAUGAUGCCAACUUCAAGCUGAUGUCAGAACGCAUCAAGUCAAACCAGAUCCACAAACUACUGAAGGAGGAGAAGGAGGAGCUGGCAGACCAGGUCCUGACCCUGAAGACACAGGUGGAUGCUCAGUUACAGGUUGUGCGGAAGCUGGAGGAAAAGGAACACCUGCUACAGAGCAAUAUAGGCACUGGAGAGAAAGAGCUAGGCCUCCGAACUCAGGCGCUGGAGAUGAACAAACGCAAGGCAAUGGAUGCAGCCCAGCUUGCUGAUGAUCUCAAAGCACAGUUAGAGCUGGCUCAGAAGAAGCUACAUGACUUUCAGGAUGAGAUUGUGGAGAACAGUGUGACUAAAGAGAAGGAUAUGUUCAACUUCAAACGGGCUCAGGAGGACAUCUCCAGGUUGCGUAGGAAGUUGGAGACCACAAAGAAACCUGAUAUGGUGCCCAACUGUGAUGAGAUCUUGAUGGAGGAGAUCAAAGAUUACAAGGCGCGUCUGACCUGUCCAUGCUGCAACAUGCGUAAGAAGGAUGCUGUGCUCACCAAGUGCUUUCACGUCUUCUGCUUUGAGUGUGUGAAGACGCGCUAUGACACCCGGCAGCGCAAGUGCCCCAAGUGUAAUGCUGCCUUUGGUGCCAACGACUUCCAUCGGAUCUACAUCGGCUGAGUCUCGCCACGGAGAGACAGACUCAUCUCUUCCGCCGACCACCCAGCCCCUUUCUCUGAUUGUCUGUCUGUCUGUCACCAGCAGGGCAGUCACUGCUUCUCCACCACCCACGUUCUCUUCCAGAACAAGUGACCCUGGGUUAGGGAGUGGGGCGAGGCAGGUUUGGGAUCUCUGCUCAUCUUCUCUUCCUUUCUGCCUUUUCCUUUAAUCUUGAUGGGACCCCCACCCCACAAUGGUCAUUCCCACUCACCCCCUCCACACUGCUGAGUCGGGGUUGCUGCUGUGGAGUAAUAAAGCCUAACUCAACCCUAACCCCAGGGGUGAUGGGAAUUGCCCAUGGCAGAAUAGAGAUGAGCCUGAGGCCUUGAAAUAGCAAGUCAGCCUUGGGUAUUAAAUGGAUGAUGUUAGGGUAAUUUCCCCCCCCUCCCCCCAUUAAAACCUUUUCAUCUGAUUACAACAAACCCCUUGGAAGAUGGGAAACUUGUGUCCUGCCUAGAAAUGUCCCCCUCUGUGUGUUUGUGUGCUGGUGAUUGUUUUUGUAGGGGUGCUUGGAAGGGCUGGGCAGCACACCGAGCUUUUUUUUUUCUUGUAGGGUUUUUCGAUGUGAAUAGCCUACCGGUUAAAGGCCCUGAGGCAGGAGGGAACUUAAGCACAAGUACUGUUGACUUCAGUGGGAAGAUUUGUGUGCUUAAAGUUAGGCACAUGGUUAAGUACCUUUCUGAUUCAGGGCCAGAAUCUGCAAAGAGAGCCGUAGAAAAAGCUGGGGCAGCUGAGAAAAUGUUGCAUUCCCAACCUAAAGGCAUGCUGCGUACACCUUAAUGUCAGGAAGGAGCGAGAGAGAAGUACAGGAGAAUCCUCGAGAAUAGCAUUCCAUUGAUGUGCCCCAUUUGGUCUGGAUGAAAUAUGGACACUUUUCUGUUCCCUCCCACCUAGCUGGGGCCUCACUAGCAGUGUCCUUAUUUUCCAGAAGAUGAUUUGUAGUGGUUACUUUGGUACAGCUUUGCCACAAGGACUAUUCUUGUACUACACAAACUCCAAUAAAAACUGUGGUUCCAUU